GCUAGCGACGGGGGGAUGGAUCGCCAGGUCGUGCAUGCGUGGCUGCCCUGUUUGUUUUAGUGGGUUUGUUUUGAACCGGUUUUUAUUGAACUAAUCGACUGUUUUAUGAAGGGAUUAAAAAAAUCGAUGGAACGGUGGCUAGCGGUAGGAGGGGGAUCGCUGGUGGUCGAACGAUCACGACGGCAGACCCCCCUUUAAUAGUAGAGAUUUUUUGUGCUCUGAUAUGACUAAUAGUGGAUUGAAUCUCCUUAAAGAUUGCUCAAAUGUGCAAAGUCUGGCAUUCAAUUACUGUGGUCGAAUUUCUGAACAUGGACUUAAAACAGUGUCAGGCCUCUCAAACAUGACAUCGCUCAGCCUUAAGAAAUGUGCUGCUUUUACAGGUGAAGGAGCAAAAGCUAGUUAACUUGGUAAAUUUGGACCUUGAGCGAUGCCCAAAAAUUCAUGGUGGCCUUGUUCACUUAAAAGGCUUGAGAAAGCUGGAAACGCUGGACAUGAGAUAUUGUAAUGGCAUCACAGAUUCAGAUAUGAAGUAUUUAUCAGCCGGAGUUGAAUAGAAUGACGAAGGCAUGCCGUAGCCGUCCUUUCUUGAUCGUGCUAUGCUGGCCCGGCUAAGCAAAGAGGGGCCCAAUGCUAAGGGACCAGGUGACUGGCAGGCUCAGCGAAGCCCGUAAGGGUCAAUAAAGCCCAUAAGGGCCCUUAUCCAAAUCCAUCCACAAAAUGGCAGGGGUCUCUGUAGUCGCAUCGCCCCCACUACGCCGAACUUCGCCAUGGCAACCGCGAAGCCAGCGGCGCCGAUGCCGCUCCCACGGGCCGCCGCCUUCCCGCGAAUCCUUCCACUGCGCCUCCCGGGGCGCCAAAGGGCAGGAAUUACCGGGGCCUCGCCUCCUCCCACCACCUGCAGCGGGGACACCGGGGGCGUUCUUCCUGCCCGGCUCCAGCCGAACGCGCGCCGGCCGCUCUGGCACGGCGGCGGGUUCAGCCUCGGCGUGGACCUGGGCGCCGCGCGCACAGGGCUCGCCGUAGGCCGUGGCAUCACCCAGCCCCGUCCCCUCACCGUUCUGAAGCUGCGGGGGCAGAAGCUGGAGCUGAUGUUGCUCGACGUAGCUCAGAAGCAGGAGGCGGGCGAGCUGAUCAUCGGGCUGCCGGUCUCAGCCGACGGGAGAGAGACUCCGCAGUCUAACAAGGUGCGGAGCGUCGCCGGAAGGCUCGCCGUCCAGGCGGCCGACAGGGGCUUGAGGGUUUACCUGCAGGAUGAGCAUGGAACAUCGGUGGACGCCCUUCAUUACAUGAUCUCAAGGGGUGUCAAGAGGUCUUCCCGUGACGACAAAUCUGAUGCGUAUGCUGCUGUGAUGAUUCUGGAUAGAUACUUCUUGUCAUCAGGUCAAGGGGCUCAGAUUGUUCUUCCUAGGCAACAGGAACUGCAGGACAAAUUAAUAGCAAAACCAAGGCAAGAUGCUGAUAUUUAGGAAGGGGUGUCUACCUUUUCCCACUUUAGACAACAAUUUAACAACUAUGUUGUGUUAGAGAGGGCUUUACAUCCUGAACAUAUAAUACGAUCAGCUAACUUCAAUUGACUGUACAAUCUCAUCGUUAGCUCUAUUACGGAUUUUGUAUCGACAAUUUGUUAUCAAGAUACUUAUGUAGCUGAUUCA